GUGAGUGGGGACGUGUGGGGUGGUGUGAGCAAUGGCACGGCGAGGGGGUUUGACCUCUUCAAACAGUCGCUCGCGGCGUCCAUGCUCGCGAUGGCACCAGACGGGCGCGGCCUCAUGGACGCUGUGGGCAGGCGCUGGGUGAGUGACCUCUCACAGAUCGCUCCCAAUGGCCUGGACCAACCCAUGGGGGUUGCAACCCGAUUUGCAGUGGCGCCCCCAAAGUCUCUUCACACUGCCUUGCCUGUCAGCGGGGCGGGCGAGGCGCCGCUGUUCCUGGCGCAGGCGCUGCUGCAGACGGCGCGCGAGGCGGUGCUGGCGAGCGGGCUGCACUACUCGUUUUCAUUCCGCGUGCCGGCGCGCCUCAACCGCUGGGUGGUGCUGCUGCAUUUCGCGGCGGUGCAGCCGGGGUCGCGCGUGGGCGAGCGUGUGUUUGACAUCCACGUGAACGGCGUGAGUGUGAGCAGCUUUGACAUCCUGCGUGAGGCCCACGGGCAGCACAACCGCCUCGUCACGCUGCCUGUCGUCGUCGGCUUCAGCCGGCCUGCCAUUGGGUCGGCGCCCACGCUGGAGGUGCGGCUGGUGGCGUGCAACGGCAGCAGGCUCAGCCCCCUCAUCAGCAGCAUCGAGGUCAUUGAAGUCGUGCGCGCCAACGUCCCCCGUGAAAACGUCGUCUCCGUCGUGCUCUCUUGCAAACCACCCGCUACCCCCCCCCACCCCGCUUUUGCUCUCUCCCUUCCAACAUCAUCCAAAACUGACAUGGGUGCAGAGCUUCAAGCACAGCAGAAGACCGCAGGGUCGCAAGCCGCCCCUGAAUCUGCUCCUUCUCGUUCCAGUCGCACGGGUGUGGUGGCAGGGGCCAUAUGCGGGGCUGGGGCACUGGUAUUCCUCGGCCUCAUGGUGCCACUCUUGCUUCUCUGGCGCCACCAGUACCGACGGCGCCAUGCCAUGCGCUCACAGCUACUGGAGGAAGGUGCCCUGGACUCUGCAGCAGUGCACUUUGAAGAGGGCAUGGAUGCACCUCAAGCACCGGGUGGUGGAGAGGAAGUUGACGCACUUGUGGAUUCAGGGGAGGGGUUGGAGGAUCUUGAUAGAUAA